GGGAGGCUGUCGACUACUGAAUCAGCCACAUCGGUAGCUUGCUAGCCGACAUAAAACCGAAUAAUUGAAGCUACUUUGACUAUUUUGUUUAUAUUAAUAGGUGUUUUAGACACAAUUAUUUGUACGUAUAUAGGAGUUAACUUAACGUACUUGUUUAAUGUAUUAAUUUGUUCAGAUUGAUUUGAUUCUGAGCCUAGCACUAGGCUAGUCGCUAAUGCUACCUAGCUAGCUAACGUCCCUUACCAUGAGCUCACUAAGCUACUCGCCCCUUGCUAAAGAAGAAGAUAUCUACUGGACGGAGAAAGGAGCUCUGGAGCUGAACAUUGUCGUAAAAGAAGAAGAUGAUAAUAUUACAGUGAAAGAAGAAGAAGCUUUCAGAAUAAAACAGGAGGAAAUCACACCGACAGAAGAACAGGAGGAUGUUGUCUUGAAAAAAGAGGAAGAUCUUUUUGGAGUGAAAGAGGAAGAGGGGAUAGAGGCUGUCACAGUGGAAGAGGAAGAGGUAGAAGCUUUCAGAAUUAAACAGGAGGAAGAUGAGGAUGUUGUCGUGGAAGAACCUUUUAGAGAGGAAGAGGACGAUAUCUCAAUGAAGGUAAAGGAUGAAGAUGUUUUGGGAGUGAAAGAGGAGGAAGGAGAGGAAGAGGAGACUGAAGAUCUGAUUAACACCAAAGAGAGACCCGACUCAGAGGAACCAGAGACGUCUGAACCAACGAGACGACACCACUGUUCCCAGUGUGGAAAGAGUUUUAACCAUUUAGGGAAUCUUAAAAACCACAAGAGAACACAUGCAGAGAAGAAGUCUUACAACUGCUCUCAGUGUGGAAUGAGUUUUACCCGGUUAGGGAACCUAAAAUCUCAUGAGAGAAUACACACAGGAGAUAAGCCUUACCACUGCUUCCAGUGUGGAAAGAGAUUUAUCGAGCCAGCACAACUGAAAGUUCAUUGGAGAAAACACACAGGGGAAAAACCAUUUCAAUGCUCUCAGUGUGGAAAUACAUUUUCCCGAUCAGGGGACCUGAAAUCACACGAGAGAACACACACAGGGGAAAAGCCGUACCACUGUUCCCAUUGUGAAAAGAGUUUCAGUUGGUCAGGGCAACUGAAAGAGCAUAAGAGAAUACACACAGGUGAAAAGCCAUUCCAAUGCUCGCAGUGUGGAAAGAGUUUUACUCGGAUUGGGAACCUGAGAACACAUGAGAGAAUACACACAGGAGCGAAGCCUUUCCAAUGCUCUCAGUGUGGAAAGAGUUUUACCCAAUUAAGGAGCCUGAAAAGUCAUGAGAGGGCACACACAGGGGAGUAGCCUUUCCAAUGAUCUCAGUGUGGAAAUGGUUUUACCCGGUUAGGGUACCUGAAAACACAUGAGGUGACACACAAAGGAGGGUAGCCUCACCUCUGCUCCCAGUGUGGAAAGAGUUUUACCCAAUUAAGGAGCCUGAAAGAGCAUGAGAGAAUAUAUACUCUUCAUGUCACUACUCAUUGUGGAAAUACAUGUUCUGGCUUAUGGUUUUGACUGAGAAUUUGUGUUUUUGUCAUGAAAUCUAAUUGUAUAUAUUUAAUCAUACUCACAAAUAGGUCUACAUUUGUUUUUUUAUUUUUGAGAUUCUUCAAAGUAUCCACCCUUUGCCUUGAUGACAGCUUUGCACACUC